AGUGACCAUAGGGACUUCUCAGUCCCAGCAACUUAUUCCCUCUAUAUUUCACCAUUCAAGACAACUGCAAUCUUACUGGCCAUUGGGACUUUUUAGUCAUGAUGUUUACUGAUUUUUAGUGUAGUGUUCGUUCGCCAGGUGGCAGCUUUGAAUUUCAGACCAGCUGUUCUCUGGAGUCGUACAGGACGGUUUGCUUCUUGUUGAGUGGUGGAUUUUGUUUUGUUUAUAUCUGGAUGUAUUGUAAAGGUAAGUUCAUAAUCUCUUCAUAUUAUCAAUAUCUUAUUAUUCUACAAAUGCAAUAAUGUUUUAUAGAAAAAUUAUAUCAAAUAGGGAAAAAGAUACAGAUCAAUAAGUAUUUGGGACUUUUCAGUCCCUAUGGGCAGUUCUUGCAAGAAUAUAGUUAGGUUAGCUCAUAGGCCCACUAUUGAUUCUAAAUUCAGUUGGGAGUGUAUGUAUCAAAAUAUAGAUAGUAUUAGAGAUAAUUUCUUUAUAAAACUAUAUUUUUAUGUUACUGGUUUGUUCCAGAUAAUUUUGAGGACUAUAAAUAUUUUGAAUGAGCUUGAAAUAAUUGAAGUAUUCCAUGAGCUGCCAGAUGAUAACAGUUCUGACACUGAUAAAAAUAAUAAAAUAGAAAAUGUAUUGGAUAUAAUUUCCAUAUAAAACUAUAUUUUAUGCUACUGUACUGGUUUGUUUCAGAUAAUUAUGAAGCCUAUAAAUAUUUUGAAUGAGCUGGAAAUAAUUGAAGCAUUUGAAGAGCUGCCAGAUGAUAACAGUGUGGACACUGAUAUCGAAGAUUAUGAUGAAGUAGAACAUGUUGAGGAAGUUGUGAAUAAUUUUGAUCUCAUCUUUCAACAAGAAAUUGAUGCUGCAGCUGUCAACACAAAUAAUGACAAAGAUGAUGAUGAUGAUGAUGAUGCAGAUAAUUUGUCAAUCACAGGAGUUUGUGCCAGCAUUUCUCCAAUUAUUGAAGAUCAGGCUGAUAUUGGUGAUCCAGAUCAGAUUGAUGGUCCAUCCACUUCUUCAGUCCCAUCCAAGCCUGAACCUAAAAAAAGGCUAAGCAAAAAAUUGCAAAAAAGAAAUCUGCGAGAAAAUCUGGUGGAAAGAAAACUACACAUCAGAGAAAAUCAACAGGAAAAAGAGUAGAGCCUGAUCGCAGAUGGAAACAACAGGAAGCUACAACUGUGAUUCCUGACUACUUGGGAAAGAAACCAGGUAGGAUUAUUUAUGAAUACAUGUAAUGGGUAGCACAGUAAGCCACAUCAACAACUGUCAUACAGAAAUGAAAAUGAAAUGGUUGCACAAAGUUUUUGUCUACAUGAAAUUUUUGAGAGUUACCUCUAAAGUACAUACAAGUAAAGAAAUAAGUAUACCAUAUCUAAUAUCUGUAAUAGUUGAGUACAAAACAACUAUAAUCUAUGAAAUCAUAACUGUGGGAUCACUGAGAAUUAUAAUAAUACUCAUGAUGAUACAUAAUAUGAAUAUAAUCAUUGGAUCAAAUUUAUAAACUUCCUUACAGUUUUGUCUAUCCAUCCAACACAUCAUAAUACAAUAGGGACUUUAUUGUUUGUUUCAGGUCCAGUUGAUGGUAUUUUUGAGUCUUCUUCAUCAGCCACCGAUGUAUUUCUGGCAACAUUCGAACCAGCCUUGGACAAUAUUAUCUACCAGAGCAACUUGUAUGCUACACAGAAAGGAAAAAACUUGCAGCUUGAGGCCGAUGAACUGCUCUCAUUUAUUGGAAUUAAUUUUUUCAUGGGCUACCAUGUUAUUCCAGGAUGGAAGAACUAUUGGUCAACAAGUCUGGACCUUGGGAUACCAAUUGUGGCAAAUACAAUGAGUCGAAACAGGUUUGACAUGAUAUUAUCAAAUCUGCAUGUGAAUGACAAUACUUUUAUACCACCACCGGGGACUGACAAAAUUUAUAAAAUUCGUCCUCUGGUAGACUCACUGAACGACCACUUCAUCAAGAUUUAUAAUGUGGGCAGAGAUGUAUCUGUUGAUGAGUCCAUGAUCCUUUUCAAGGGUCGUAGUACUCUGAAACAAUACAAUGCUAUGAAACCCAUCAAGCGUGGGUACAAACUAUGGUGCCUGGCUGACAAGAAGGGUUACAUUUCAAAGUUUGAGAUCUACCAGGGGAAAUCUGUUUCUCCUUUAUGUGAUGAGAGCUUGAAAGAAUUUGGGCAACGUGAGAAAAUUGUUUUGCACCUUACAAAACCGUAUUGGGGAACAAACAUUAGAGUUUUCUUCGAUAAUUAUUAUACCUCAAUUCCUCUUUUAGAGAAAUUGAAGGUGGAAAAAGUAUUAGCUUGUGGGACAAUCCAAGCAAAAAGAGUAGGUCUACCACACUUUGUUGAGGAUUCCAAAUUGAAGAGAGGAGAUUCAGACGAUUGGGUUUCAGGAUUGAAUAUAUCUGCCUUCAAGUGGAUGGACAACAGGGCAGUUCUGUUUGCUUCAAAUUACCACGGGACAGAACAUUCAAGAGUGAAAAGGAGGAACGAGAAUGGUGAAAGAGUUGAAGUGACUUGCCCACUCGUGGUAAAAGACUAUAAUCAAAAUAUGGGAGGAGUAGAUUGUGCUGAUCAGCUCCGUCAAUACUAUAAUGUAAAUAGACGAUCCCGGAAAUGGUGGCACCGACUAUUUUGGGGAAUAGUGGACAUAACAUUUGUCAACUCAUUUGUCAUUUAUAAGGAUCUAUUCCCCAAUGACAGAAAAAGUUUGCUGGAUUCUAGGAGGGAGGUGGCUCUGGGUUUGAUGUCUAAGAAACAAAAAAUAAAUCUGGCAAAACGAAAACGGUCAAAUGAAGUGCCCACCACCUCAAGAAAUGCAAUGCAGCAACCAAAAAGUUGUCAACAAAGGUGGUCAGUUCCUAAUGAUGUAAGAUUAGGUGAC